AUGCACACUGAUCACUUCUAUAUAUUUGACUAUUUACUUCGUCCUUUUCGUUUAAGAGUGUUCUACUUCGAACUCUUUUCCUACUCGUUUCUAUCAGAGUUAUUUGCUUCUUCCACUUUUAUAAAAGACUUCUAUCGCAACCUGAUCGACGUCCGUCGUAGACACCUUUUGGCCUUAGAAGCUCAGGAGCAAGCAAAUCUUACAAGUCAAUUCGACUCUAAAAAGCAGCAUCUGGCAGAGCGACAUACUAGAGAAGCUAACGCCAGAUCUUCAGUCUCCCAAAAAGGCCUCCAGCAGAUGGCUAAGGCUCAGAAGAUAGAGCAGGCAACCACACUAGAGCUGGCCCGGACCACGGCAAAAGGUUACAAGGCUGUGCGGCGCAUUUUUGAGGCCCCUAGCUUCCAGGCUUCUGCUGCCAGACAGAGCUACCUCUUUAUGCCUUUCCUAGAACCGGUUCCUCUUCCUACCUCGGCACCAACGCCAUCAUCAUCCUCGCUGAUUUCGGCAGCUACCUCAUCUUCCGGUAUAGGCUCUUCGGACCAGGUCGAAACUCGUGCAACCUCGGACCCUCCUGGACUGCAGCACUAUUAUCCGGUGUCAGAUUCUGACAUUAAUUGGCAGGCUUCGAAUGGUCAAAUGCAAACCGGACAUCUAGGGCCACCUGUGCACUGUCAUGAGCAUACUGACGGUCCUGUCAACUCGUCGCCGUCGAUGAAGGAAACCAGCAAGUUUACGGCGCACCAAGGUGGCAACCAUGAAAAUCAUCAGCAACAUCGCCCAGAAAUAGUGGUUGAUGGGGAUUCAACCUUUUCUGAAGUAUUUAACACGCCCAACCGAUCUAAACUAGUGGUACGAAUGAGCAGUGGUGUUAACGGUGUUAUUGAUGCUCUGAGGCCUACGGUUGCAUCGGAACUUGAGAUACCGCGUACGGAGGGAAUGAACACAAUUUCAAGCGGUAACAACGAAGGAAGCUGCACGAGUCCGGACCUCUCAAAGGGCUCUUUGCACGAAACUGAUAUGCAUGCUAGCUCGGGCGCUUCACAACAGGCAGUGGCUGCACUAGUUCAGCUGGAAACCGCCCUACAAAACGCUGAGAGUGAUGUCGUUGCCUCAACAACUAGCCCAGGAAUAAGUGUAACGGCCUCAUCUAUCAUCGAUUCUAUGACCCAAGAGGCAAGUCCCGCGGACUCUUUUGGCUUUCGCCGUCGCGGGCCCCUUAUGAUUCACCAAGGGAAGCGCGACUCUUCACUUGGUUUGGCUCAGACAAGCCCGCGUAUCACCACAUCGCUGUUGCCGAGCCACUUACUUCAUGGAGCCAUGGUUGCCUCAAAGUCAUCUUCAGUUAGUGUUGCUAUGGCACCAGCUCGUCGCUGGAAGCCAGCUAACCCAUUUCUAACUACCCUUUCGGUGAGCUAA